AUGAACACAAAACUUUGGCAAAAAUCGUUUUUUUCGCCAAUGUUACAUUUUCAGCGACGGAAAUCAUCAACAAUGCCAGAUAAUCAUCCAUCUGCGUGUAAUAAAGAUCAUAAAUUAAUUAUUUAUCAAAUUUUAACACGUUUAUUUGGUAAUAGAAAUUUAACAAAUAAAUUUUAUGGUACUAUUGAUGAAAAUGGCGUAGGAAAAUUAAAUGAUAUUAACAAUAAUGUAUUAAAAGAAUUAAAACAAUUCGGUUAUACACAUGUAUGGUAUACUGGUGUAAUUGAACAUGCCUUGAUGACCGAUUAUUCUUCAUAUGGCAUUCGAAAAGAUAAUCCUUAUAUCGUCAAAGGUUUAGCCGGUUCUCCUUAUGCUGUCAAAGACUAUUACGAUAUAAAUCCUGAUUUAGCUGUAAAUAUUGAUCAACGUAUGUCUGAAUUUGAACAAUUAGUUAAACGUUCUCACGAAAAUGGUUUAAAUGUUUUAAUUGAUUUUAUACCGAAUCAUGUUGCAAGACAAUAUUAUUCUGAUCGUUGUCCUGAAGAUAAUUUUGGCUCCUCAGAUGAUUGUUCAAAAGAAUUUAGUGCAACAAAUGAUUUUUAUUACAUAACAGAUCAAGAAUUUCAAUUACCACAAGGAAUUGAAUUACCACCAUCAAUCAAUGCACCCGAAAUUGAAAUAUACACUGAACAUCCUGUAAGAGCAACAGGAAACGAUGUAUUCAAUGCUAAACCGUUAAUUACUGACUGGUUUGAAACCGUUAAACUCAAUUAUGGAGUCGACUAUAAAACAGGACGAAGUUAUUUUGAUCCAAUUCCACCAUUAUGGCAUAAAUUAUUGAAAAUAAUUAAAUUUUGGUGUGAUAAGGGUGUUGAUGGUUUUCGAUGUGAUAUGUGUGAAAUGGUACCUGCUGAUUUUUGGAAUUGGUUAAUUUCUAAUAUUCGAAAAGAUUAUAGUGAUCGUCGUAUUAUAUUUAUUGGUGAAAUUUAUCGUCCUGAUGAGUAUAAGAAAUAUAUUGAAUAUGGCUAUUUUGAUUAUCUAUAUGAUAAGGUAGGCCUAUAUGAUACAUUAAGAUGGCUUAUUGAGGGUACAACAUUAGGCAAUGCUAAUGAUAUAACAAAAAUUGGUCAUGAUACUCAACAACGAAAUAUGGAUAAAAAUAUGUUGAGAUUUUUAGAAAAUCAUGAUGAAAUUCGAAUUGCUUCAAAACAAUUUGCUAAUACACCAUGGAAAGCUUUACCAGCAAUGGUUGUAACAGCUACAAUGCACAAUGGUCCAUUCAUGAUAUAUUUUGGACAAGAACUGGGAGUAGCAUCAAACGUUGAUAAAGGAUUUCAAAGUAACGAUGGACGUACAACAAUAUUUGACUAUUGGGAUAAUGUUCCAGAAAUUCAAGCUUGGUAUAAUGAUGGUAAAUGUGAUGGUAAACUAUUAACAACAGAUCAAUUAAAUUUACGGCAAUUUUAUGGUGAUCUCAUUUCACUCGUUCACAAAUACAAAUCUUUACAUUGUUUAAAUAGUAAAUUUGUUGAUUUACAAUAUGCGAAUAUAAAAACAUAUGAUACAACAAAAGUUUAUUCUUAUUUUCGUUAUCAUCCAAAUGAUGAAUAUCUACUGUUUAUCUGUAAUUUUGAUUAUACACAAGAACAAACAGUUGAACUUCAUAUUCCAGAUGAAAUGUGGAACAAAUUACAAUUAGAUUCGAGUCAGACAUAUCAAAUGAAUGAAGUAUUCCUUGAUAGAAAAUUAAAAUUAGAAUUAAAAUUGAACGAAAAUAUUCAACUGAAAUUACCACAGAAUACGGUCUACGUUUUUGAAAUUUUGAAAUAA